GCAUAAGUAUGUAGUUGUGCAAAUUCUGCAGUUUGCGCGCUGUGCGAGUUUUUCGUUGUCAUUUAGCUUUUCUUCAUAAAAGUUCUCCAUAGACAUGAAAAGAAUAAUGUGCGGGUAAUUGUAGAAAUCACAGCUGAGCAGCAAAUCGGUCGUGGGUUUUUUGAGAAGGCGAAGACCAAGUCGAAGCAUCGUAAAGUCUAAGUGGAGUUGUGAGUGUGUUUAAUUUGUAAAGAAUCAGAAGAGCAACCUGUUAACAGGUGACAGACCGUGUAUCCCAUCGCCCUGGAAAUUUAUUUGGGCCGUCGAGCAUGGCGUCCACGAAGAACCAGGAGGGUCUGGCGGCGCUGCAGCGCGAUCCGCAGCGGAUCCGCAAUAUCUGCAUUCUGGCGCACGUGGACCACGGGAAGACCUCGCUGGCCGACUCGCUGCUGGCCAGCAACGGGCUCAUCUCGCAGCGCCUGGCCGGCCGUCUGCGCUACCUGGACGACCGGCCGGACGAGCAGCAGCGCGGCAUCACCAUGAAGGCCAGCGCCAUCACGCUCAAGCACACACUCAGCGACGGAGGAAGCGAAGGAACGCCUGCACACUCAGGCACCUUCCUCGUCAACCUCAUCGACUCCCCAGGCCACGUGGAUUUCUGCGGGGAGGUGUCGACGGCGGUGCGCGUGUGCGAUGGCGCCCUGGUCGUGGUGGACGCGGUGGAGGGCUGCGCGGCGCAGACGGUGCAGGUGCUGCGCCAGGCCUGGCUGGAGAACAUCCGUCCCUUGCUGGUCAUCAACAAGGUCGAUAGAUUGAUCAGCGAGCAGCAACUGUCGCCCGCCGAGGCCUACCAGCGCCUCCUCCACAUCCUCGAGCAGAUCAACGCCCUCAUGGGCGCCCUCUUCGCCUCCCACACCCUGCGCCAGACCGAGCUCAAGCGCGAACGACAACGCGCAGAGGAGGACGACGCCAAGGAGAACACGGCGGAGACGCUGUACGACGACUGGGACGCCGGGCUGGAGGCCGCCGACGACUCGGCGCUCUACUUCCAGCCGGAGAAGGGCAACGUCGUCUUCGCCAGCGCCCUGGACGGCUGGGGCUUCUCCAUCGACCGCUUCGCCGAGUUGUACGCCAAGAAACUGGGCCUGAGUCGGCGCGUGCUCAACCUGACGUUGUGGGGCGACUUCUGGCUGGACGGGAAGGAGAAGCGCAUCAAGAAGAACGCGCGCGCCCGCGGCAAGAAGCCGCUCUUCGUGCAGCUGGUGCUGGACAAUCUCUGGCAGAUGUACGACGCUGUCGGGGUGAAAAAGGACAAGGCGCUCGUGGAGAAGAUGGCCGCCGCGCUCGGCUUGAAGAUUCAUCCGCGCGAUCUCCGUCUCGACCCCAAAGGGCUCAUCUUCGCCCUCUGCUCGCAGUGGCUGCCGCUCGGCAAGGCCGUCCUGGACGCGGUGUGUCGGCAGCUGCCCAGCCCGGUGGAAAUCAGCGAGGAGCGCGUGGAAUCCUUAUUAGCCAGCCAGCAGCCCUUCGCCGCCCUCCCCGGCCCCACCCAGGCCCUGAAACCGGCCUUCCUGGCCUGCUCCGCCGCCCCCUCGGCCCCCCUCAUCGCCUUCGUCUCCAAGAUCUUCGCCGUCAGUUCCAAGCAUUUAUCGAACCACAGCAGCGCUGCACCGACCCGGGGACAGGCGCUGUCGCUAGAGGAGAUUGCGGCGAGACGGGAAGCGGUCCGGCAGCGGCGGGAGAUGGCCGAGGGCGAUGGGGUCACGGUGGAGGAGCCGGUGGCGGUGAGCGGUGAGGAGAAGGGCGAGGAGUUGGUCUUCCUGGCCUUUGCGCGCGUCUUCAGUGGGACGCUGAAGGAGGGUGACGAGGUGUUCGCGUUGGGACCGAAGUAUCAGGUGGACGCGGCGGAGGCGGAGGGCGGACUUCCGGCGCAUGCCAGUCGCGUGGUGGUGGGCGCGGUGUACUGCAUGAUGGGGCGGGAGAUGCAGCGGAUGCCGGUGGCCUACGCCGGCAAUGUGGUCGGCAUUGCCGGGUUGGAGGGCGUGUUGACCCGGUCGGGGACGCUGUCCAGCACGCUGGCCUGUCCGGCCUUCACCGACCUGUACACGACGUCCCUGCCCAUCGUGCGGGUGGCCGUAGAACCGAAAAAAACUACGGAUUUGCCGCGUCUGGUGGAGGGUCUGAAGCUGUUGUACCAGGCGGAUCCCUGCGUGGAGGUGCUGCUGCAGGAGAGCGGCGAGCACGUGCUGAUCACGGCCGGCGAGGUGCACCUGCAGCGCUGCAUCCGUGACCUCCAGGAGACCUACGCCAAAGUGGACAUCAACGUCUCCCCACCCAUCGUGCCUUUCCGGGAGACCGUCCUCACCACCGGCAACGGUGGCGACGCCAGCGUGGAGAUGGAGACCCCCGACCGGAUGUACCGACUGAAGAUGCGCGCCGUCUCCCUCCCGGAAGCCACCACCCGCCUCCUGGAGGACAACGCGGGGGUGCUGAAGACCCUGCACGAGCGACGCAAGGGCAAGCGCCGCCCGGAAGUCGCCGCCGUCGACGAGAAGCUGGAGAAGUUGAAGGGGGAGCUGCGCGCCACGCUGGAAGGGAGCGGGAUCACGCUGGAGAGUAUAUGCGCCUUCGGACCGCGGCACUGCGGACCGAACGUCCUGGUGAACGCCAGCGCGACGCCACUGCCCAGUGUGUGGACGGCCGCGGAACAGGGCAGCGGUUUGAUGGAGAACGUGGCGGCCGGGUUCAACCUGGCGACGCUGGCCGGGCCGCUGUGUGAGGAGCCCAUGAUGGGUGUGGCCUUCGUCGUCGAGGACCUGCAGAUGGCGCCGCGGGAGGACGAGGAAGCGGCGGGGUCGGUGGGGGGUGGCCAGGUCAUCUCCAGCGUCAAGGAGGCCUGUCGCCGCGCUUUCCAGGCACAACCGCAGCGGCUGAUGCUGGCCAUGUACUACUGCGUCAUCCAGGCCAGCAGCGACGUUCUCGGGAAAGUGUACAGCGUGGUGAGUCGGCGGCACGGGCGCGUCGUGAAGGACGAGAUGGUGGAAGGCUCGGAGGUGUUCAGCAUCGCGACGCUACUGCCCGUGUGCGAGAGCUUCGGACUGGGCGAGGAGAUGCGGAAGCGCAGCAGCGGACUGGCCUUGCCGCAGCUGACCUUCAGCCACUGGGAGGUGCUGGAGGUGGACCCCUUCUGGACGCCCGGGGCGGGGGGAAGGACGGCCAGCGAGGAGGACUACGAGCUGUACGGCGACAAGGCCGACGCCGAGAACCACGCGCUCAAGUACGUCGGCCAGGUCAGGAGGCGCAAGGGCCUCUUCAACGCCGGCGAACAGGUCGUCGUCUCCGCCGAGAAGCAGCGCACCGUCAAGCGCAACAAGUGAUUACUUGUCAGCCACCGCCCCCACCCGGUGGGCGUGGUCGGUGUCCGUGGGGAAACGGUCAACUGAUCGCAACGUGAUUGCCGCACAUUGUCAGAGUCUGUUUUUGCUCCGAUGGCCUACUGCGCCGCUUUCCGCCG